CACGAGGGCGGCAACGUGACCUUACCGAUGUCUAACGUGACCUUUGGUGCCCGUCCUAAGCAUAUAAUUGAGGGAGCAACGCACACGAGGUAGCCGGCUAGUGAGGGUGAGGUGGCGAUGUCAUCGGCGGUGGAGGCGGGGGCGGAGGUGGUCAUCGUCGGCGCCGGGAUCGCAGGGCUGGCGACCGCGCUGGCUCUGCGGCGGGCCGGCGUGGGCGGCGGCGUUCUGGUCCUGGAGCGGCACGCCGAGCUGCGCGCCACGGGCGCCGCGCUCACCAUCUUCCCCAGCGGCUGGUUCGCGCUCCGCGCGCUGGGCGUCGCGCACAAGCUCAUGUCCCGCUACGACGCCUACGAAACAUUUCAGGUGACCAAUCUUGAAAAUGGAGCUACUCAGGUGUUUCGCUUCGCUGCACGCAAAAACAGCGGCGAAAUCAAGGCGAGGCCGGCGGAUCGAAAGGCGCUGCUGGAAGCGCUCGCGGAGGAGCUCCCGCCGGGCACCAUCCGCUUCUCGUCCAAGCUCGUCUCCAUCAACAGCGAGACAGCCGAGGAGGAGGGUUCGCCGGAGACCUCCGUUCUCCGGUUAGACGACGGCACAGUGAUCCGAGCCAAGGUGGUGAUCGGGUGCGACGGGGUGCACUCGGUGGUGGCGCGGUGGCUAGGCCUGUCGGAGCCGGUGACAUGCGGCCGGUCCGCCGUCCGCGGCCUCGCCGUCUACCCGGACGGCCACGGCAUGAAGAAAGAGCUCCGGCAGUUCCUCUCGGCGGGCCUCAGGGCCAGCAUGGUGCCCAUCAGCGACACGGAAGUCUACUGGUUCCUCGUCAACAACACCGUCGCCGCAGCGGAGGAAGAAGCCGGCGCGGACCCGGCCAAGAUCCUGCGGGAGGUCACCGAGAACCUGGGGAAGCACAUGCCGGCCGAGUACCUGGACGUGGUGCGCCACUCGGACCACAAGAGCGUCUCGUGGGCUCCGCUGCUCUACCGGUCGCCUUGGGGCAUCUUGACGGGCCCGGCCGCUCGCGGGUCGGUCACGGUGGCCGGCGACGCGUUCCACCCCAUGACGCCGGACCUUGCGCAGGGCGGAUGCUCGGCGCUGGAGGACGCGGUGGUGCUCGCGCGCGCCCUGUCGCGGGCGGCCACGCCGGCGGAGGGGGUGGCGGCCUACGUGUCGGAGCGCCGUGGCCGGGCCGCCUGGCUGGUCGCCGGAGCCUACCUGUCGGGCUGGGUCCAGCAUGGCGGGAUCAACAACGCGCAGGAGGGCCUGCGGGGGUACCUUGUCAAGCUGUUCCGUGACUUGAUCUUUUACAGGUUCAUCUUCCCCAAGCUCGCCGAUACCUUGUGGUAUGAUUGCGGCGAUCUGGUGCCCCCGCCGUCCAAGGACAAGGGCAAGAAGCACUCAGAGUGACAUCGUGUUUACUACCUCCGUCAUGGUUUAUUGGUCCCCUUAGUAUUUUGUGCUAAACUUUGAUCAUAGAUUUAACUAAAUAAAUAAUAAUGCAUGUUAGCAAAAAUUAUAUCCUUGGAUUCGUAUUUGAACAUAGUUUUGAGGGAUAUUAUUUUUGGUUACAUGCAUUAAUUUUUUUAGUUAAAUCUAAGGUCAAAGUUUGGCACAAAAUACUAUGAGGACCAAUAAACAAGGACGGAGGUAGUAAUUACUGCUAAGCCACUGCGGCCUUCGAAUUUAUUGUUACUGCGGUCUGUUUGCAUUAGAGCAUGAUUAAUAAUAUAGCCGGUUGUAAGGAGUAGACAUGUCAUCUAUAGUCAACCUUAUAGCCGGCAUGUACAAUAAUAAGUUUUAUAUGUGUACUACUUCAUUAGUAGUUGGCAUAACUUACAACCUCACAAA